GCAUGGCUUGAUUACUGUUACUCUUGACAACACCUGCAAGUACUCCAUGCCAAGUUAGAGGGGAUUUUUGUUUGUUUAUUGAGACCUUGUGGAAAUUGUAAUCAAAGUUGUGACAAGAACUAAAAAAACUCAACAUGGAGAUUGUGUAUGUUUACACAAAGAAGCGCCAGGAAUUUGGCCGACAAUGCAACUUCUCAGACAGACAAGCAGAGUUGCAUGUGGACAUAACACCAGACCCAUCUCUGGCAGAUAAUUUCAUUGAAAGAAACCCAGUUGACACAGGGAUACAAUGUGUCCAGGAAAUGUCAGAACAUGAGAUCAAUACAGAAAGAUUUGAAACAAGUUCACGGGGAAUAAAUCACACAGAAGGAGGAUGGCCAAAAGACGUCAACCCACAGGAGGUGGAGCACGUCACAAGAUACAGGAAGAAGGUCGAGAAAGAUGAAAUGUACAUCGCUGCUAUCCAACAAUUAGGAACUAUCAUGGAACAUACCAUCAGACAAAACAAUGCCAUAGAUAUUUAUCAAGAAUACUUUGAAGACAUUGAACUUGACACAGUUGAUGAGGCUCCUUCAGCAAAAACAAUUAAUGUAUUUAGAGAUCCAAAUGAAAUCAAGAGAACCUCCACACACAUUUCCUGGUUCCCAGACGGUCCCAGGAAGCUGGCAGUAGCUUACUGUAACCUGGAGUUCCAGGGAUCCACACCUGACACAAGCAUGGAGUCAUAUAUCUGGGAUGUGGAAAACCCAAACAAACCAGAGACAGUAUUAAAACCUGUGUCUCCUCUAGUGUGUUUAGAAUACAACCCUAAAGACUCACAUAUUCUACUGGGAGGCUGCUACAAUGGUCAAAUUGCUUAUUGGGACACAAGGAAGGGAUCCCAGCCGGUGGAAAUGUCCCCUAUAGAACACAGUCACAGAGACCCAGCCUACAAGGCCAUAUGGAUUCAAUCCAAAACUGGAACUGAGUGCUUCUCUGCCUCCUCAGAUGGACAGGUGCUAUGGUGGGAUAUCAGAAAAAUGGGAGAACCCACAGAAAAACUCUACCUAGACCCGACCAAGAAACAGGACCCAACUAAAGCCCUGGGAGCCAUGGCACUGGAAUAUGAACCAACUAUGCCCACAAAAUUUAUGGUAGGAUGUGAACAAGGCUCAAUAUUGUCAUGUAACAGAAAAGCCAAGACACCAGCAGAAAAGAUUGUAGCCCAAUAUAACGGUCACUUAGGUCCUGUGUAUUCACUUCAACGAAAUCCAUUCUUCCCUAAGAACUUUCUCAGUGUGGGUGACUGGAAGGCUAGGAUCUGGUCAGAAGAUAUUAGGGAAUCCUCUAUCAUGUGGUCAAGACAAUACAAGUCCUACCUUACAGACGGAUGUUGGAGUCCUGUUAGACCCUCUGUGUUCCUCGUUACUAAAAUGGACGGCACCCUGGAUGUCUGGGAUAUUAUCUUUAAACAAAAUGACCCAACUCUUAGUUUACAGGUUUGUGAUGAGCCAUUACACAGUCUGAGGGUGCAGGAACAGGGCCGAUUAAUCGCCUGUGGGUCACAUUCUGGUACCACCACCUUAUUAGAACUAUCGGACAGUUUGUACACACUUCAGAGGAACGAGAAGAACUUAGUCACAGCUAUGUUUGAAAGAGAAACAAGGAGAGAGAAGAUCUUAGAUUCUCGACACAGAGAAAUGAAAUUAAAGGAAAGGUCGAAGAGUUCAGCAGAUGGUGCAAAGGUAAUUAGAGAGGAGGAGCCAGAGGAGGGGCGUCUGGAGGAGGAAGAUCUGUACACCAAGGCUGAGAAGGAGUUCUACAGCAUCAUAGAGCAGGAGAAGAAACAGCUGGAGAAAAAACAACAGAUGAUCAGCGACCCCGACAAAACAGACACAGGAAAACAAUCACCAAUUGCAGAAGGAGAUGAAGAAGAGAAAACAAAUGGAAAUCCUGAAUCGGACCAGAAGAAAGAUUAAUGAUGCCGUUUUUUGCUCUGGAACUCCAUUAUGAUGCAGCUAAAAGCCAAAGCAAAAUUUUACCACCAUUAUAACACUGUAGGGAAGCUAUAUAUCAUGUUUGAGAAAGACAAAGACAAGAAUAAAAUCAAUAUCAUAACUUUUGCCAAGACUUCCAAAUGAAAACAUAACUUGCUGUGAUGCUGUUUUUAUACAUCAGAGUGCUUUACAAUAAAUUGAACAUCGUUAUCUCGAAUACAAUGUACUGAGUCAAACAGUGGUACUGCAUUUAAUUUGUUGAUUACGUUUUAUUUAACAAACUGAACUGUUGUGGUAAAAUCUAAUGAGAUUUAUUUGUAAAAAAUUAUAUUUUAUUUAUACCAUCUUGUUACCAAUAAAUUAAUUCUUU